AUAAAAAGUACGUUAUAAUACCAGAUGACAUAAAAUUAUCAGGUUCAAUAUUUAUAUCACGAAUAAAAGUUUAAAAAAAAAUUCUACAUAAAAAUAAAUUGAGAGGGCUUCGCUGCAGUGCGAAUAAACUUAAUGUAACACACUGAACCUAAUAUGCAAUACACAACUAAGCUGUGCGAUACAUAUUCAUAAGAUAUCAUGAAUUUGUUUCCUUGGCAAAUUGACAACGUACGGUUUGUUUCCUCACGAAGAAAAGCCAGAAAAUAUUGAAAAAUAUUCGUAAAAGCUUUGGGAUUUACAAGAAGUAUACUAUAAUGGACAGAGUUAAGGCAGAAUGUUACCAGAACAACUUAAGACGCACAGGCCCAUCAGUUCGAUCCACUAAUCGAAAGUUUAAUGACGACCAGCAUUUAGGGUCGUCAGAAAACCACCAUUCGAGCGGAGGAAACAACAAAGCACGGUCAAAACGACCUAUUGGCAGACAAUCCCAGCCCGGUAGUGGUGAUACUACCAGACCAUUGCCUUGUCCGCAGUCCUUGUGGCGUGGCGAGCCGAACAGAGUCCUAAUCGUUUACGGAUUGGAAAGAAUGAACGUCAAUUGCGAUAAGGUUUUUAAUUUGUUUUGUAUUUACGGAAAUGUUACAGCAGUGAAGAUUUUGAACGGAAACCAAGUACUCGUCGAACUGCAGGACGUCGAGGCUGCUAAGAGAUGUGUGUCCAAGUUGAACUUGAUUCGGUUGGAUAAAACUACAAAUCUAAAAGUCAAGUAUUCGAAACAUUCCUAUAUUAAUAAUCAUGGAACUUCGAGAACCUUAUCAGACGGUACGCCAGCUAAGAAAAUUUACCUGAAAAGCAAGUUCAACCGAUUUGUCGAAAAAGAGAUGAAAUACGCAGAUCAACGACGUAUCGUGACCCCGUCAAAAAUUUUACAUUUUUAUAAUGCACCGUUGGAUAUUUGCGCUAAAAAGAUGCAUAAAGUGGUGACGGACGCCCUUGGUUCCAUGGACGCAAUAAGAUCCAUAACCAUUUUGCCUAAGAAACGUCCAGAUGCCAAAUGUUCAACUGGCCUGAUUGAAAUGAAAAGCAACGAAUUGGCGGUAAAAACGAUUCUCUUGUUGAAUCACAUGCCAUUUGAAUCGUCAAAGUCCAGAUUCCCAUUUUUGAUGAAACUGAGUUUCUCGAAAUGGUCCGAUAUCCGGCAGCAGUCAACGGGCUCGUCCAAACUGCUACUGAGCAUUGCGCCCUGCAUUCGGAGGUCGUUUCAUAAUUCCGAACAUGCGUCGCCCACGGUGGAGUUGGCGGUCGCGCGUACAACCCAGCAGACAACCAGUCCCGGUGGAAUCUCGUGGACUUUGUGGGAAAUAAUAGAUGUUGUGACGGAGGCCAUAGACCGCGGCACAGGAAAUCUCGUACGACCAACGGAAACGUUUCAGGACCAGUUGCGCGUGACACACUGCGAUAACCCCGCAACAUAGUUGUAAACUUUGCUUUCUGUUGGAAGAUUUUACAUUCGCCUCGUUCGGGCUUUAUUUAAAUAAUAUUCCAUUAAGAAUACUCCAUCAACUCCGUAUAAAAAAAAAAAAAAUGAAAAAAAAAUUGCUAUUAAACGUGUGA